UUUCCAUUACCAUCAUUUUUUACAAACAAACAAACAAUGGCAACUAGUUUAAUACGCAGGACUUGCUCUAAGGUUCAACGGUCAUCUGCGGCGAAGCUUUUGCUUUCGCGGCCGGUCUCUACACAAAACCUUAAAGACUUCCAAGUAUACCGAUGGAAUCCAGACAAUGCUGGCAAGCCCGAGCUACGAACAUACCAAAUAAACCUAAAAGAAUGUGGUCCAAUGGUUCUUGAUGCACUAAUAAAGAUAAAAAACGAGAUUGACCCAACGUUAACGUUUCGUAGGUCAUGUCGUGAAGGGAUAUGUGGAUCAUGUGCUAUGAAUAUUGAUGGAAGUAAUGGACUAGCUUGUUUGACAAAGAUUCCAAAUAAGGAAGAUAAGGCGACAAUGGUAACGCCGUUACCGCAUAUGUUUGUGAUUAAAGAUUUGGUAGUUGAUAUGACAAAUUUUUAUAAUCAGUAUAAGAGUAUUGAACCGUGGUUGAAACGAAAGAAUGGUGGUUCGGAAGGUGGGAAGGAGAUCAUUCAAAGUAAGAAGGAUAGAGCCAAAUUGGAUGGAAUGUAUGAGUGUAUAUUGUGUGCUUGUUGUAGUACUUCUUGUCCGAGUUAUUGGUGGAAUCCUGAGUCUUAUCUUGGCCCUGCUGCUCUUUUGCACGCUAAUCGGUGGAUAAUGGACAGCCGCGAUGAGUACACAAAAGAGCGCCUAGAUGCAGUAAACGAUGAAUUCAAGUUGUAUCGUUGCCAUACCAUUCUGAAUUGUGCACGUGCCUGUCCCAAGGGGCUCAACCCUGGGAAGCAAAUCCAAAACAUCAAGAGCCUUCAAACCUAAUAAUCAUCGUCGAUUGAUUUAUUGUUAUCUCAUCAUAGGAGUAUAUAUUUGGUAAUGAAUUACUUAAAAAGACAGUAUUGCAUUCAAUAAAAUAUACUUGUAUAUGUAUCCAGUAUACUAUUCGAUAAGGUCCAUUUUAAAUGUGUGUAUAGGUAUAUAUAAGUUGAUAUAUAUAACUUGUA